UUGACUUGUACUUCUCGUCGAGAGCAGUCGGUGCGGUAAUUUGACAUUCACGUGCUCUCCAUCUGUUUACCUUUUAAUUGGUCAUCGUGACGCUAUUUCAACUGUAGGCUAAAACACGUGCUACAAAAACUGUGCUCAAGGAUGGCAACUCGUUGGGGAAUCGUGUCCGCCGGCCGCAUCUGCAACGACUUUGUGACCGCCCUGUCGGUCUUGUCUCAGGACGAGCACCAGGUGAAGGCGAUCGCCGCCAGGGACCUGGCCAGGGCUCAGGAGUUUGCAAAGUUGCACAACAUUCCGAAAGCCUACGGCAGCUACGAGGAACUCGCCAAAGACAAGGACAUUGAUGUGAUUUACAUCGGCAACGUCAAUUGUGAUCAUUUCCCGAUCGGCAAGUUGAUGAUCGCACACGGCAAGCACGUGCUCGUCGAGAAGCCGCUGUGCCUCAACAAAGCCCAGUCCACCGAGCUGAUCAACGCUGCCAAGGCCAAAAAUGUGUUUCUCAUGGAGGCUGUUUGGUCGAGGUUCACGCCGGCCUACAACAAAAUCCGGGAGGACAUUGCGAAUGGCGCCAUCGGGGAGCCAUCCAACAUCAACGUCACCUUCGGCGUGCCCAUCAUGGGCAAGGACCGCAUCAAGCUGAGGGAGCUCGGAGGCGGCUGCAUUUUGGACAUCGGCAUUUACUGCCUGCAGCUGAUCACGAUGGUGUUCGGGACGGGCGCGCCUCUGAAGGUGGCCGCGACCGGCACGGUGAGCGUCAGCGAGGGCGUCGACGAGACCUGCGGCGCCGUGCUGCUCUACGAGGGCGGCAAGAUGGCCACGCUGGCCAUCAGCGGCAAGAUGCUGCUGCAGAACGACGCCUUUAUUUCCGGGGAGAAGGGCACCAUCAAGGUGUGCAACCCGUUCUGGACGCCCACCAGGGUCGAGUCGCCGUCCGGGGUGCUGGACGUGGAGCUGCCCACCGCCACCAACAAGUUCAACUUCACCAACAGUGUUCAACUGCGCCACCAGGCACAGGAAGUCAGGCGUUGCAUUUUGGCCGGCGAGCUGGAGAGCAAAGUGAUGAGCCACCAGGACUCGCUGGCGAUCGCUGCGCUGGAAGACCAACUGCGGCGCAUUCUGGGCGUCCAGUACGCCGCCGAUUUGUAAUUUUCACGCCCGAGCAAACAGUCAAUUUAGUACAAAAGAAUUUAUUUACAAGGAAAUGCUAUGAAAUAGCGCGUGUCACGAAAUAAACAUUUUUUUUGUCGAUCGGAGA